UUUUCUUUUGACUAUAUCUCUCUUAUAGGUUUUGGAUUUGAGACCGGAAAUAACGAUGUGAUUCAAGUGUCAAGGCAAGAGUACGAGAGUUGCACUGCAUGCAACCCCAUUAAGGUCUUGAACAUUGGUCCGGCUAUUUUACCAUUGACGGAGAAAGGUGUCUACUAUUUCAUCAGCAACUUCUCAAACUACUGUGCUCUAGGGCUGAAGAUUUCCGUUAAGGUGCACAAUUGCCCCAAGCGAUCUCAACCGAUUCCGUCGCCGUCACUUUCGCUGCUUCUUGCCCCUCCAUCUUCAUCGCCUGCGCCGUCUCCACGUACGAGAGGGGGAUCUAACCCUCCAGUGCCAUCCCCUAAUGGCUAUCCUCCUGAAGCCGGGGCUCCCUCUAAGAAGUCUAUUGCAUCGACGCUGAGCAAGUUCCGUGUGGGUUCUUUUGAAAACUUCUUUGGCUGGGGUUUUCAAUUGUGUUUGGUAUUAUUUGCCAUUCUAGGAUGAUCUACAACUUUUACUUUGCAU